UGGAGUCGACGCAGCAAGCGAGCGAGCGAGCGAGCGAGCAGGAUGCCGCUGCGUUGCGCGUAAAGGCGCAAAGUAACUUUCUCCCUCUCUCAGUACGCGGAGAGCUCGCUCCAGAGGCGGACCUCUCUCUCUCUCUCCUUUGUCUGCGCUUCAUGGAUACUAUGAAAAUGAUAUUUAUUACUUAUUAUCACUGGUGGAUAUUUCUGCUUUCCCUGCAGCCGUUUUUAUGCGCUUCCCUGGCUCGGACGGAGGGGAACACGAUCCGUUACCAGUGCAACGAGGAGCAAGCGGCGGGCACCGUGAUAGGAAACCUGGCCAAGGACAUGUCCUUGAGUGCGCCUCACUCCUCCAGGACCAAUUUCAGAAUGAUGAGGCAGUUCAAUGACUCGUUCAUCAGGGUGCGGGAAAGCGACGGGCAGCUGAGCGUCGGCGAGAGAAUGGACCGGGAGCGGAUGUGCCGACACACUCCACAGUGUCCGGUCGCUUUCGACGUCGUGAGUUUCUCCAAAGAGCGUUACAAAUUGAUCCACGUCGAAGUGGAGAUCAAAGACAUCAACGACAACUCCCCGGAGUUCCCCAGCGCGGAGUCGGUAGUGGAAAUCUCCGAGAACGCAGCCGUGGGUUCUCAUGUUCCUCUGGACCCUGCCACGGACUCGGACGUGGGCUCCAACUACAUCCAAAGCUAUCAGAUUUCCGUUAACAGUCACUUCACAAUUGAUGUUCUACUCAGAGCAGACGGGGUUAAAUAUGCGGAAUUGGUGCUAAUGAAGGAACUAGACAGGGAGACCCUGGCGUCCUACUCGCUGGAUUUGGUCGCUACAGAUGGUGGGAACCCACCCAGAUCCGGAUCCACUAAAAUAACCGUUAGAGUGACAGACUUCAAUGAUAACAGUCCGGUUUUUGACCAGAAUAGCUUUUCUGUGAGUUUACCAGAGGACGCGCCUGUCGGUACCGUGAUCCUGGAUCUGAACGCGGAGGACGCAGAUGAGGGUCAAAACGGCGAGGUGGUCUACGGAUUCGGGAAACAAGUCUCUCACUUGAUACGGGAGCUUUUCCACGUGGAUAACAGAUCCGGUCGUUUGACGCUUAGGAGUCCGGUAGACUUCGAGGAUAAACGUACGUACGAGUUGGACAUCCAGGCCACGGAUUUAGGACCCAAUCCGAUCCCGUCUGUGUGCAAAAUCGUCAUCCACGUCACAGACGUCAACGACAACGCGCCGGAAAUCAGCAUCACACCCAUGACGUCGAUUACAACGGGCACGGCGCAUAUAAGCGAAGCGGCGGAAAAAGACAGUCUAGUCGCGCUCGUCACGACUUCGGAUCGGGACUCCGGCGUGAACAGCCAAGUCCACUGCACCCUUUACGGUCAUGACCACUUUAAACUCCGGCAAGCCUACGAGGACAGCUACAUGAUAGUGACGGCGGCGCCGUUAGACCGCGAAAGGAUCAGCGAGUACAAUCUCACGGUCAUGGCGGAGGACUUUGGGUCACCGCCUCUCAGGAAGAUCACCCAGUACACAAUCAGAAUCAGUGACGAAAACGACAACGCGCCACGUUUCACUAAACCGGUUUACGAAGUCUCCGUAGCCGAGAACAACGCUCCGGGCGCUUACAUCGCCACCGUUGAAGCCACGGACGCGGAUUUAGGCAACAACGGCAAAAUCACGUACAGACUCGUGGAUAGCCUCAUCAUGGGCUCCCCUGUGAAUACGUUCGUUUCGCUGAAUUCUGUAUCGGGGUCAAUUUACGCUCUACGAAGUUUCAACUACGAGGUCAUGAGACAGCUCGAUGUCCACGUCCAAGCCGGCGACGGCGGUUCGCCGCAGCUUCAAAGCACGGCCGUUAUACGGUUAAAAAUAGUCGAUCAAAACGACAACGAGCCUUGUAUCAUCGAACCGCCGCUUUAUAAGGGCUCCGCUGAUGUCUUCCUCCCGAAGGACGCGCCGCCGGGUUACGUCGUCACGCAUAUAAAGGCCACAGACGCCGACGAAGGCAUCAACGCUCGUUUGUCCUAUAAAAUCACAGAAGGCGCCCUGUUGGGGUUCUCCAUCGAUAAAGACACGGGGAAAGUACACGUGAGUCGACAGCUGACGUACGACGUCACCGACAACGUCAAAGCGGUGGUGUCGGUCAGCGACAACGGCUCCCCUUCGAUGACGUCCACGGCGAUUAUUCACUUCAAUUUCAUCGAGGGCGCCGUGCCCAGCGUGGCGUCCUCCGCUCACGACGAGUAUCUCUUCGAGUGGGACACCUCGGUGGCGAUUAUCAUCGUCCUGGCGGGGAGCUGCUCGCUCCUGCUGCUGGCCAUCAUUCUCAUCACGACUAUUUGCAGCCGGCGCAGGAAAGAGACGCGGGAGCGCUACGACGAGCGAGCGGAGGCGCCUAAAAAAACAGAGAACACCGAAAGCGGCGGCAUCGAUUCUUUAAUCGGGAAAACGUUCGAGACGCAUCCGUUCCCUGAGCAGACGACGCUGGCUGCCGGCAACGCGGCGAUGGCGGCGGCGGCGGCGGAUAUGGCCUGCGAGGACGCAUGUCAAGCGGCGGGCGUCUUUGAGCCCAAUAACAGGGUCAUGGAAGGCAAACUAAAGGGCUAUUCCACUUUACCCGGAUACGGGAAAGAAGCCUUGAGACCGAUAACAAUAUGGAAGGGGAAUUCAUUCACAACCAUCUCGGCGAGGGACCCCCACAUCAGCGGCAAGGACAGCGGAAAAGGUGACAGCGACUUCAACGACAGCGAUUCUGACAUAAGCGGAGACGUGCACAAGAAAGAUUCCCCCCCCACAAAUGCUCUCUGGGCGUGCACAAGCGAAUGCAAAGUCCUGGGACACUCCGACAGAUGCUGGAGCCCCUCGGCGUCCAGGCCCAACACCAGCAUGGCUUCUGGGCCUAACCUGUCAACCUUCUCCAGGAUGGCUUCGCUUCCCCGGGACACCAGGAGGGAACACUACUAUCCGUCCCACGUGCCUAAAGGCAACGGCCUGCAAAGCGUGUAUGAAAAAGUCCAACACCAGGAGUUUGAUUAUAUUCUUGUUGGCCCCCCCACGCCGGCCAGAAUACAGGAAACGGAUGAGAUCUCCAUCCCGGAGUACACAAACUCUUAAAUUGUACUGUACAUCUUAAUGUUGUGACUUGUAGUAUGUCAUCUGUCUGUUGUAAGAUCAUGUGUAAUAUGCAAGAUUUUUGUACAUUAAUAAUAUAUUUUUCAUAAGGCUUCAAUGUAAAAAUGAAUUUUAUUAUGACUUUUCAAGAGCAUGUGUUAUUUAAGUGAGGACUCGGG